GCAAAAUUAUUCAGUUAACAGUUGCGGGUUGGUUGAGACAUACAAACCCCGGCAAAAGUUGAGUGCGCCUGUCUAGAAGUUAAAACAAAGUGCAAAAUGAAAUCCAUGCUCGUUUUUGGCCUGUUGGCUAUGUGCGUGUUGGCGGCCACCGCCAGCGAGGAGGCACCCAAGAAAGUUGAGGCCGCUGAGCCCGCUGAGGCCAGCGCGACGGCUGAGAAGAAGCAGGAGAAACGCGGUAUUGGCUAUUCCGGCUAUGGCUAUGGCGGCUCCAGUGGCGGUGCCAUUCUGAGCACUGGAGGUGGUGCCAUUGGUGGAGGAGUUGUCUCUCAGCUGCCCACACAAGUGCACACCAACACCGUGGUGAGAACCGUCCAGGUCCCCUACCAGGUGGAGCGUCAUGUGCCCUAUCCCGUUGAGAAGACCGUCACCUAUCCCGUCAAGGUGCCCGUGCCACAGCCCUACCCCGUGGAGAAGGUUGUCCAGUAUCCCGUGAAGGAGAUCGUUAAGGUGCCCGUCCAUGUGCCACAGCCCUACCCAGUUGAGAAGAUUGUGAAGGUGCCAGUCAAGAUCCCAGUCGAUCGUCCCUACACCGUGCACGUGCCCAAGCCAUACCCCGUGCCCGUUGAGAAGCCAGUGCCCUAUACCGUUGAGAAGCGCGUCAUCCAGAAGGUGCCCGUCCAUGUGGAUCGCCCAGUGCCCUACCAGGUGAAAGUGCCCGUCAAUGUGCACGUUGAGAGCCAUGUCCAGCCCGCCAUCACUGUCACCCAUACCGUCACCAGGACCGAGGGUGCACCCAUUGUCAGCGCACCAAUUGCUAGCGGUUACUCCGGCAUCUCUGCUCAAGGUGUCUCUGGACCCGGCAUUGCUGUCGGCCAUGGCAUCUCCUCUUAUGGCGGUCAUGGCAUCAUCUCCGGUCACGGCAUCUCUGGCCAUGGCAUCUCUGGCCAUGGCAUCUCUGGCCACGGUGUCUCCUCGUACGGCGUCUCCGGACACGGCGGUUACCUCCACAAAAAGUAGAUCAAUUUAUCGCUAACGAGGGCCAAAUCAGCUUAUGAAUUCGGGUAAAGGAGUACGCAUCAACAUCAAUGUCGAAAUUUUCCAAUAUCCACAUGAAGAACAAAACCCAACUGGAAUUACCCCCAACCCGCAACCCUCAAAGUACGACUUACAUUUAGUUUUAGUUUGUGAUACCAACCGAAAUUCUAGGAGGAAGCAACAAUCGUUCAACGGGAAGAUCAUCAAAUGCGGCAUUUCGAUGAGUGGUUCCCAGGACGGAACACUCUGGAAACUUGCCAGCUACUGCCCCCUUAAGAAAAACAAAAGAAACAAAUCAAAGUCGCAUUCGUUUGUCCCGUUUGUCCCGUAUUGUGUCACCCGCCUCCUCUUAUGUACAGUUCUUUCUAGACAGGAAAAACAAACAAACAAACAACAACAACAAAAGAAAACACCUAAAACCAGUUGCUUCUUCGA